UUCUUCUCAUGGGCGGUGUCAAAAUUCAGAUUGUGUUACUUCCGGGACGAAGAAUGGGUUGACGGAAAGUGAGGAAGGACAUUUCGCGUGUAUGAUGCACACACGUGAAACACACGAAUACAAGGUUUAAUGUUAAAACUUGUGUUAUUUUUCAAAAAAUGAGUGUAGCAAGAGAUCUACACGGCGGAGAGGCGGACGAUGAUCGUUUUUUCCUCGAUGAAGUUCUGAACAAGUUGUAUGAUUUCGGUGGUGGAGAACACAAAGGAUCGAAGAAGUCUCAGAAAAGGAUAAACGUUGCUAAAGAUUACAACGCUGAUAAUGAGAAUGAUGCUGAGGAAAACACAGAUACUAUCAGACAUGACACAGAUUCAGAGCUGCCCAUGACAAACUCAACUAAACAAUCCAGUGUGGAGGUUGUUACAUUUAUUAAUCCUCUGAAGAAAAACAAAUUAUCAAAGGCUGUUGAACCAGCAAAGAAGGCUCCUGUUGUCAAAGAAAAGAAGAAAAACUUCACAGAUAAGAAACUAACGAUAGAAAAGGCCCGGUUUGAGGUUCACAGGUUUGGACUGUCAGGGUAUGAGAAGCAGCAGCAGAGAGUCUUUGAGCAGGACAGAGCCAUCAUGCUGGGAGCCAUACCCCCUAAAAGGCAGUAUGUUAACUACAAAGAGUAUCAACGAAACAUAAGGAUACAGAAGAGGCAAGAGAGAAAAGGACAAUCCGAAUCACAGAACAAAAAAACGAAAAAAGGAAAACCAAGGAUUGAGAAAAGUAAAUCCUCCUCUAGUGUAAAGCUUGGUGGACAAGUGGGACGCUUCAAAAAUGGAAUGCUGGUCUUGAGCUCCAAAGACAUUCAGAAAUUAAAAGUUAAAGCCAAAAAGUAACAGCCAAUUGGCAACAGAAAACCUGAGCUCAUUUGAAAUGUAAGAGCAACUACAUAGCAACAUGUUAAAAAACACCUUCACAAAACCCUCAAUAGCCUAGCAUCAUAGUAGGUACACACAAUUUCUUCAGGAAGUGUAAAACUGUAGUUUUAUUUUAUUCACCCAAGAAUGAUUUUUUUUUUUUUUUUAAUACAAUUUAAGUCAUGUGAAAAAGAACACAGAUGAGAUACUUUGAAUAAAGACACAUGAAUCGGU